AUGGUUGCAUUGAAUAUUUGCGUUGAAUUCAUUGCUUGUAUUGAUGUGAAGACCACUUCGGGUGUAGUGAGGGGUCAGACAAUAAAUGUGUUUAACAUAAGUAUUGACCAGUUUUUGGGUAUACCUUAUGCCGAACCACCCGUCGGGAGACUCCGGUUCGCCAAACCUGAACCCAUCAAAACACCAAAACCGAACAUUAUCGAUGCGACAAAACCGAAAAAUGCUUGCAUUCAAAGCCCGUCGCCAUUCUUCCCAAAUCUGACCACAAGUGAAGACUGUUUGGUACUAAACAUAUGGACACCAAAUGCUGGAAAUCAUAAUACAAACAAAUCACAGCUCAAACCCGUUAUGUUUCACAUACACGGCGGGGCGUUGACAAUGGGCUCAAUAUUUGCACCACCAAUAACUAAUGUGUUGGCCAUACAUGAUGUGGUGUAUGUCUCAACACAGUAUAGGUUAGGACAGUUGGGCUUUCUAUACGGGGAUCGGGAGGACGCGCCCGGAAAUGUCGGCUUUUAUGACCAAUUAUUGGCUCUCAAAUGGUUUAUAGAAAAUGCUGAACAGUUUGGUGGAGAUAAGGAUCAGAUCACGAUAUUGGGUGAGAGCGCCGGCAGUUGGUCGGUGUCCGCUCACAUACUCUCCCCGCUAUCCAAAGGCCUAUUCAAGAGGGCUAUUUUGGAAAGCGGGGCCUUUAUGUUCAAUAAGGCCAGGGAUGUGGUCAACAAAACAGAGGCAAUACUUUUAGGCAAACGGAUAGCAAAAGAUCACAAAUGCAGCGAAAGUGAGGAUUGGUUGCAAUGUUUGCGAGGAUUGGAUGCAAAAGAAUUUAACAAAUACUCAGAUCCCGUAACAUAUCCUGUAUUUGAAACUGAAUUUCUACCCAUUUCUGCGCAAAAAGCAUUUGUGAGCAAAAAAUAUAAUUCAGAUGUGGACAUAAUGGCAGGCAUUGCCAGCACUGAGGGCUCAAUGUUAUCCUAUUUAGUGCUUCAGAUUAAAGAUAAGAUAACUUUGGAUGACUUUAUUGAGUACACAAAGCAAACCGACGCUCUUUACCACGGAUUUGAUAUCAAACGUGUGGACGACUAUUAUCUGCAAAAUGUCGACAAAAACAGUUCACUUGAGCUGAAGAAAGCAUUUUAUCAAUUGUUUGGGGAUAUGAUAAUGAAAUGUCCGACAUAUCUGUUUGCAAAACAAGUGGCCACAACUGCACAACCUGGUCAUAAUGUAUAUUUCUACCAGGUUACUUAUCAAAACAAGUAUACUGCUCAUACAAUGGGCUGCGAUAAGGAAGGUAUGGGUAUCUGUCACUGCGCUGAGGCUCCGUUUGUUAGUGGCUGGCCGUUUUUAAUACCCGACGCUUAUAGCAAUAUCGACGCUAUAUUUAGCGCAGAUUUAAUGAAAAUGUGGACUAAUUUUGCUAAAUAUGGGUAA